AUGUCAUUGUUCAAAGAAAUCCAAUUGCCCUCCGGUAAGUCAUACAAACAACCUUUGGGACUUUUCAUCGAUAACGAGUUCAUUAAAGCUUCUGGUAAUGAAAGCAUUGAUUCGUACAAUCCAGCGACCGGUGAAGUGAUUGCCUCGGUCAUGGCUGCCGACGCGGGUGCGGACGUUGACAAAGCCGUGGCAGCUGCCCGUAAGGCCUUUCCAGGAUGGAGAGAUACGCCUGCGACAGAAAAACGAGACUUGUUGCUUAAGCUUGCCGCUCUCGUAGAGGAAAACGUCGAAAUAUUGGCAGAGGUUGAAUCUCUGGACACCGGGAAACCUGUGGCUCAAAAUGCCAAAUACGAUAUUCUGGAACUCGUUGAGGUUCUCAAGUACUACGCCGGUUGGGUGGACAAAUCGACGGGCCAGUCGUUCGUGCCCAACGCCAAAAAGCUAACCUACACUCUACACCAGCCUCUGGGCGUUGUGGGUUGCAUUAUUCCUUUCAAUUACCCACUUGCGAUGAUGUCGUGGAAAUGGACCGCCAUUGCCACAGGGAACACGGCUGUAUUCAAAAGCGCAGAACAGACGCCGCUAUCGAUCUUAUAUUUUGCCAAUUUGGUCAAGGAAGCUGGCUUCCCACCAGGCGUUUUCAACGCUAUUAGUGGCACCGGCGCGCUGGUUGGCAACGCACUCGCGUCUCACCUGGGUGUUGACAAGAUUGCGUUUACCGGUAGUACCGCGGUAGGCCAGGUAGUUCAAAAAACCGCUGCGGUCAAUUUGAAGCCGUUGACCCUAGAGUGUGGUGGUAAAUCGCCUAUUGUGAUCUUCGACGACGCAGAAUUCGACCAAGCCGUGAAAUGGACCGCGUGGGGGAUUUUCAACAACAUGGGUCAGAUCUGUUCCGGAACGUCGCGGUGUUUGGUGCAAGACUCGAUUUAUGAUAAGUUUUUGACCGCGUUGCAACAGCAUGUCCGCGAGACAUACGUUGUGGGCAGCCCAGACGAUUCUAGAGUCUUGGUUGGGCCUCAGGUCUCGAAGAAACAACAAGAACGUGUUCAGAGCUACAUUAAAAGUGCAGUCGACGAAGGCUGUCGUGUCGUUCUUGGUGGUGAGGGAUUGCCAGACGUUAUUGCCAGCUCAUCUACCCAUAAAAAUGGCUACUACGUCAAGCCCACAAUUUUGGGUGACGUGACGCCUCAACACAGAGUAUUCAACGAAGAGGUGUUUGGACCCGUGAUCACCGUUACCAAGUUUUCCACAUACGCAGAAGCUUUGAAAUUGGCUAACCAGACAGAAUACGGACUUGGAUCUUCCGUAUUCACGCAAAACAUCGUUCGCGCUCAUAAGUUCGCGGCAGAGAUCGAGGCGGGUAUGUGCUGGAUAAACUCCUCUAAUGAUGUAGACAUCAACAGUCCUUUUGGAGGUGUGAAGAUGAGCGGUUACGGUCGCGAGUUGGGUGAAUACGGUCUGGCAAAUUUCACAAAUGUGAAAUCUGUUCAAUUGAACUUAGGCAACAAGUUGUAG